AGACAUUGGUAAACUUUUAAAAAAAUUAAAAUAAUCUAAAUUGUCAAAAAUAAGUUUAAACAAUUGUAUUUUAUAUUAUUGACAUAAAUUAUUUAAAUUUUAUUUUUUUAUUAAAAAUUAUUAAAAUUUUCCAUAUUUUAAAUAACUUAAAUAUAAUCCAUCAUUAUCAUAUAUAAAAAAAUGAAAUUAUAUAAGAAAAAAAAAUUAAGGUUUAACGCACCUAAUAAAAAAUCUGUAAGAAAUUGAGCUUAGCCUACGUUGAUGAGUCUUGCAUUUGGCACACUGGCAAGGUAACCAAAUUUCUCCAUCUCCGCAAAGCCAAGUUCUUUCUGCGGUUGAAGGUUAAGCUUGGUUUUGUAUGCUUGUCAUGUUUCUUCGACGAGUUGCGGGUUCAUUUCCUCAUUCAAGAAGGCUUAUUAGCAGUAGCAGUAACAGCAGACAUGAUGUCUCAAGUACUAUAAUGGAGCUCAAUAAGGAAAUGGAGUCAGUAUUUGGUGAACCUCCUUCAAGUUAUCUUGCCAGCUCUGUAACUGAAGAGCAUGUAGUAGCUCAGGAGCCCCAGGCUGAAUUCCAAAAAGAAAGAGAGAGUUCAAUCGGUCUAACUCAUGUUGGAAAUACAGGGGAAGCCCAAAUGGUAGAUGUUUCUUUGAAAGGAAGUACUAAGAGAACUGCCAUCGCUAGUUGCAAGGUAAUCCUAGGAAAGAAGGUGUAUGAUUUGGUGUUAGCUAACCAAAUAGCAAAGGGAGAUGUCCUUAGUGUGGCGAAAAUCGCAGGCAUUACUGGAGCAAAGCACACAAGUAGUCUCAUUCCACUUUGCCACAACAUAACCUUGAAUCAUGUUCGUGUUGAUCUAACACUGAAUCCCGAGGAUUGGAGUGUUAACGUUGAAGGGGAAGCUACAUCAACUGGUAAAACUGGUGUCGAAAUGGAAGCAAUGACAGCUGUGAGUGUUGCUGGGCUAACAGUUUACGAUAUGUGCAAGGCUGCUUCAAAGGAUAUCGCGAUUACUGAUAUACGUCUAGAGAGCAAAACUGGUGGGAAGAGCGGGGAUUGGUCUAGACAAUAGUAGUAAUUUAGUAGAGCUUAGGGAAGAGGAUAUGUAUGUUAAGCAUUCCAAAAUGGCUCUUUUCAUUUUCAAACUAGUCUUUGUUUUUCAGUAAUUAUUGUUUAUUGAUCGUCAAUAAAUUGAAAGUGAAAUACUUAAUUACUUAUA